UCUAUUCUGAUUUUAUUGCCGCGCCAAGACAAUUUUUUUAGAUAGAGAAAGAGAAUGCAUCAUUCAUCACAAGUGUUGAUCGCACUUUCGUUGUUGGCAUUAAUCUCCGAGUUCAGUUCUUCCCGCGUUGUUGCAUUGUACGGUCCGUCAUCCCCAGUUGUUCAACUAAACCCCUCAAACUUCAAGUCCAAGGUCCUAAAUUCAACUGGGGUCAUUCUAGUUGAGUUCUUUGCACCUUGGUGCCUCCACUGUCAGGUUCUGACACCCACAUGGGAAAAGGUUGCAGCAGUCUUGGAAGGUGUGGCUACUGUGGCAGCUCUUGAUGCUGCUGCUCACCCGUCUCUUGCUCAGGAAUAUGGGAUCAGAGGGUUUCCAACAAUGAAGGUGUUUGCAGCUGGAAAAUCUCCAGUAGAUUACAAAGGAGCUAGGGAUGUUGAACCCAUUGCAGAAUUUGCAGUCCAACAGAUAAAGGCACUUCUAAAAGAGAGGAUAAAUGGAAAAGCAUUGGGAGGAUCAAAUGAAAAAUCUGAGCCUAGUGCAUCUGUAGAAUUGAAUUCACUUAAUUUCGAUGAAUUGGUGCUUAAAAGUAAAGAACUUUGGAUUGUGGAGUUCUUUGCACCUUGGUGUAGACACUGCAAGAGGCUAGCUCCGGAUUGGAAGAAGGCAGCAAAUAAUUUGAAGGGCAGAGUGAAGUUGGGUCAUGUGGACUCUGUUGCGGAGGAGUCUCUAAUGAACAGGUACAACGUGCAAGAUUUCCCCACUAUCUUGGUAUUUGGUGCCGACAAAAAGAGUCCAUCCCCUUAUGAAGGUGCAAUGUCUGCCUUGGCGAUUGAAUCAUUUGCUCUAGAGCAGCUCGAAACAAAUGUUUUGCCUCCUGAAGUGACUGAGUUGACUGGCCCAGAUGUGAUGGUGGAGAAGUGUGGUUCAGCUGCCAUUUGUUUUGUUUCUUUCCUCCCUGACAUUUUGGACUCCAAGGCAGAAGGAAGGAACAAGUACCUAGAUAUGUUGUUAUCAGUGGCAGAGAAGUUCAAAAUGAGUUCCUACAGCUAUGUUUGGGCGGGUGCAGGUAAGCAGCCAGAUCUUGAAAAGCAUGUACGUGUUGGUGGUUACGGGUACCCAGCUUUAGUAGCCCUGAACCUUAAGAAAGGAGCAUAUGCACCACUUCGUAGUGCGUUUCAGCAUGACCAGAUAGUAGAAUUUGUGAAAAAAGCUGGACUCGGGGGAAAUGGUAAUCUGCGUCUAGGGAGUACACCUCUGAUUGUUAACACCGAGCCAUGGGAUGGCAAAGACGGAGAAAUUGUUGAAGAAGAUGAGUUCUCCCUAGAUGAACUUAUGGCUGAGUAAUUACAAACAAGGAUUAACGAUAAUCAGUUCGGAGUUAAUCUUAAUUAGAAGGAAAAGAGUGACAUCUUAUAGAAAUGAUUUUGAUGUUAUGAGCAUUAUACCUCACAAGCAAUGCAUCUUCGGUUGCUUGAUUGUUGCUGUACUAAAGCAACUAGUUUACCUAUAAAAAAUUUAUUGCAUAACAAAGCUUUGUCUAUUUUCAUUCAAUCAAGAUGUUCUUUUUAGCAUACUAGAUUAAACAAAUAGGUUCAUAUGAAAUGGUUGGUCCCGUUCUUUGAUGGCGAAACAAAUGUAUCAAUUUCUACUUCAAACUCCAGAACUCGCUAAAGAAUAAAUGCUUCAGUUUCUAGUUA